GCCCCCUCCAUAGUAGGGCGGGGAGAGGUCGCUGUUUGGUUUCUGUUGAUGUCAAAAAGUUACACAAGCUGAGCGGGGGAGAGGUUUUGGAAAAGGGCGGUUUCACAAUGGUCAACAGGGCUUCACACCUACAUUCACGUUAACCGGUUCUACCUGUGAGCAGGGAGCGCUUCUUCAGAGGAACACCAGCCUGCCCUCCUGAACACAUCAGCGCGGGGGAUUUCUUUUUUUUUAUUAUUAUUAUUAUCAUCAUUAUUACCAUUUCACCCGCUCCUCCUCGUUUUUAUCUCUACUGGACGGUAAACCGCGCGAGCUCUUGAACCUUUCGCUUUAUAUUCCCAUUGAUGAGUAAAUAUUGAGAAACAAAGCGGCAUGUCAGCGUGAUCGGUCCGCAAACGCAACUCUCUCUCCGUCGCCCGUCUGUCUGGCCCCUGGAUCCGUGGUUGGCGCCGCACGCCGCGCUCUCUCGUUCCCCCGCGCGUUCUCUGCCGUGGCCUGUUGAACCAUCAACCCAUCUACCACCCACUCAUCAUCUACCAGCACCUCAGCCAUGGAGCUCAGCUCAGUGAUCGCGACCACCGGCAGCUCGGUGGCCCUUUUCAGGCUGGUGAACGCAGGGAUCGGCAGGCUUCGCGCACCGGAGUCCGCCUGCAGGAACUCGUGGAAGUGGAGGAACAUCUCCACGUCGUUCGUGCACAGCUUCAUCACGGCCGUCUGGGCUGUGCUUUGCUUUUUCCGGCAUCCACAGAUGGCUGAGGAUCUGAUAGAGACCCACUCUGUGUUUUCACACGCUUUGGUGUCGUUUUCUAUAGGUUACUUCAUCUACGAUUUCCUCGACAUGGUGUGCAACCAGAAGCUGAGUCAGUCCUGGGAGCUUCUCUUUCAUCACGUCGUGGUGAUCACCUGCUUCGGCCUCUCCGUGGUGUCCUGCCGCUACGUGGGGUUCGCCGUGGUGGCCCUGCUGGUGGAGGUGAACUCCGUGUUCCUCCACCUCAGGCAGAUCCUGCGCAUGGCCAGCAUGGCGGCAAGCACGCUCUACCGCGUCAACAGCAUCAUCAACCUGGGCACCUACGUGGUUUUCCGCAUCAACACGCUGGCUUGGAUGACCCGCUGGCUGGUGCUCAACAGGGACAACGUGCCCCUGGUGGCCUACACGCUGGGGAGCGUGGGGAUGGCCAUCAUGACCGUCAUGAACAUCAUCCUCUUCUGUCGGCUGCUCAGGAGCGACUUUUUAAAGGGCAGCACGCGGGAGGCCAAGAAGGAGAAGGAGAUGUAGAGCUCCGCGUUAACGCCGGGCGCCUGGGAUCUGGUACCGUUUUGUUUUUUGUUUUUUUGCCUGUGUUUAACAUCCUCAUAGCUGGGGGAGGGUUGGAGAGACGUGCCCCGCGCUGUAAGUGCAAAUCAGACAUUCUCACUUUAAGAACAUGACCUCGGCGGCGUCUUCCCACCGGCUGCAGCUUUUUGGCAUCAGAGCUCGCGUGCCUCUUCUCUCUGGAGGAACACGAGUCCUUUUUUAAAAACGCGUCACCGAAUGCCUUAACGUCCCAAACGAAGCUCCAUCCUACAAUGUAGCCGUGGACGACCGAGGGCACACGCCGCCUAUAAAACAGAUACUCCAGCAAUCCCUGGCACAGCCACUUGGAACCGAAAUAUAUGAAUUAUCUCUAGUAACAUCACAAUGUAUCAUUUGCUUCAUCUAGUUUAUAUUAUAUACAAAUGACGCUGUUGAUUUUUGUUUUGAUUUUACCCGCUGACUACGUAAACCAGUGGCGCCCUCUCACUGUGUGACUUUGGCGCUGCAGAGGCGAACGUGUUCUCUGCCAAAUCUCCUCAGCUAAUACGAAACCGCAUGCUACCUCAGAACUGGUUGCUAACUCCCGCUUUACUGACAGUGUUUAUCACUUUAUUGGAAAUUUAGACGAGAAAGAAAAAGGCGCGUACAGUGCCCGCUCUCCAAACAUUUUGUUACACCUGUAAGAAAUGUGUUAAAGGCCUUAAAGUAAAUCCCAAUUAUCUGUCCUGCAUUUCUCUACCCAUAAGCUUUUUGAUGGCCACUUGUUUUUUUUUUUUUCUUAUUUCCAGUUUUAAGCUUUAUUUUCCUCUGAUUCUAGAAAUGCAGCCGUUUUCUGACUUAUAGAACAUAAAUCUGCCUUUCUUGAAUGUCCUGUGUUUCCCGUUUUGAAGAGUGCCAUGCCAUCUUUAAACUCCAAAUUAUGGUGGACUAUAUAAAAGAUCAUCAACACGAUGGUGGUGUUUGUAAAAAUAAAUUGCCCGCAUUAGGUGCGAAAUAUUAACCUUGAAUGUCUUGAAUAAAAGUCUAAUCCUAAUCGUAGGUCGUAUAAAUUAUGAAACAACACAACAAUGAAAUUAACCUCUGGUUAUAAUCGUGGUGUGGAGCACAGUUUGUGAACUUUACCUUUAUUGGGUUUGGAAACCUCCAGUUUAACCUUAAAUCGACAAUAAAGCUCGUCAUUCAAAUUGAAACUCAAUGUAAUAAAUCACUGCAGUAUUAAGCCUCAAUAGAUUUGUGUCCUUUUAUAAAAAAGAAAGAGGAAAAUGUGUGUAAAGGCAAACUUUUUUUCCAUAACUUGCCCAAUGAUGGAAGCAGAUUCACUACUUUUCCAGACUGCUAAGGUUCCUUGUUAUUUCUUAAUAUGGAUUUUUUUCUCUCUCUCCCUCUAUUAAUGUAUUAAAAUAAAAGUUGGACUUUUGUUAAUUUUCUUUGCGAGACUAACCCAAUGCAAUAAAAGUUUUAUUUAAUUUAGGGAUUUUUGCACAUCUUUACCAGGGGUGGCAGUAAAUGUGGAGGGCGACGUGUGUGUGUGUGUAGAUAUAGUUAAAGUAGAUCUAGAGGUUCUAGCACAGGAACAUUUACAGGAUAGUUUCAUAAACUCUUCAAACAACGAAUUAAUUUCUUUGUCAAGCAAUAGAUUAAAUCACCAGAUUUUGACGGACGAGAGCGCGUGCUAGCCAAACGGUCACUGCCGUGGUGUUGGCUUGUAUCAAUCAGGUUAAAGUUGACCUUCAGCGGUGGUCACUGGCGACCAAGUAAUAAGCUUCCAGAACAGAAAUGACGACACGAAACCGUGAUAAAAACACGUUAAAGACGAAUUUUAAUGUGACAGAACCUACCAGGAAGUUGUGGGUUGUCGCAGCUUCUGUUUUUCUUUAUUUCUUUGACUAAUAAGGAACAUUUAGGGUAAAACAUUGAAAGAACUGUAUAUUAUAACCCAACAUAUUAGCACUGAAGAAAAAAAAAAAAA